AUGCCUGUACUGCUGAGAGCUAACCGGGAUUUCGGGAGCGGGACCGCACAUCUUAAUCAUGGCAUGGGCAGUCGUGCGACAAUCGCGUCGCGACGAUCGGAACUGUUCCGGCAGUCGUCCACUGACGCAUCCAGUCGAGGUGGUAAUGGCAAUGGCAGUUCAUGUCGCCAGCCAGUUACGCCUGAUGUGGCGCUUCAUGUGAAGACCUCUGUGGGCGCAAACAGUAUCACUCCGGUGCGACGCUCUGCAUCUGAUUCGUAUUUCAAACGGGUUCGACUGUUCUACAAGCGUUUUCAUCUCAAUUAUCUAUUCCCGCUGGUAUUUAUGAUGCUUUAUAUGUUUAUUGGUGCUUUACUGUUCCUCUGGCUCGAAAGUGACUCGGAUCGGACACAAAAGCUACACCAUCAUAGGCAGUAUUUCUAUGAGAGGGAACUGUUGUUUAAGCGAAUUGAGCAUGUAUUCUCGGAUAAAGCAUCCAGGAAGCCUAGACAGAGAAGGCUGUUCAUUCAACGAGCGCUCGAGUAUUUUCAUCAACGCAUCAACAUCUCAUUCUCAAAUCAGUCUGACUGGUCUUUCACAACCGCACUCUAUUAUUCUGGAACUGUUUUUACAACCAUUGGUUUGUUCCAUUCAUUCUGUUACCGAAAUAUAUGCAACACAGUUGUAGUCGAGCAUACACAAGAUGUUUAA